AUGCUCAAUGAAUCAAGGCAACACCACCAUCGUCGUGCCCCGAAUGUGGACAGUCAUAGGCAGUCUCACGCAAAAACUUACAGCUGCUUUGCGGAUGCUUGCUUAUGGGGCAUCCGCAGAGCAUUGGAUGAGAUUGCGCGGAUGAGAAAAUCAACUAUCCUAGAGUGCUUGGUGAGAUUCUGUGAUGCAGUAGAAAUCUCUACAAGAAGGAGUACCUUCUCAAACCUACGGCUAGGGACCUCCGAAGGCUUGUACAAAAGGCUGAGGCUCGAGAAUGACCUCAAUGUGCUUGGUCAAUCCCUAGUGUUCAACAAUGUAUUGCGAGGCCAUUCUCCACAGAUCACGUAUCGAAUCAACAAUACCAUAUACUCGGGUGCGUACUACCUCGCUGACGGAAUUUAUCCGAGGUGGACGACAUUGGUGAAAACAAUUCCGAAUCCCCAAUCUGAGAAGGAAAAAAGCUUUGUAGCAUUUCAAGAGGGUUAUAGGAAAGACGUGGAAAGGUGUUUUGGUAUCUUGCAAGCUCGUUGGGCAAUUAUUAGGGGUGUUACUCGGAUGCUUUAUGAGGAGAUGCUGCGGAGCAUUAUGAUGACUUGCAUCAUCCUCUAUAACAUGAUUGUGGAGGAUGAGUAUGAGUAUGAUUAUGAUGCUUCAAAGGUGUUCGAACCUGAUCCUAUGAACACGGCGUUGACAAGAAUUUAUGAAAGGCAGAUGGGACGAAAUGGAUGA